GGUUUACACUGCAUGUAUGUGUAUAAUAGUAGAAGAAGUUAACUCGGACCCGCGGUUGAACUUGCCCUUGCUUGGCGAGCGCCACUUAAUGCGCGACGCGUCCUCCUCGACGCGCACAAUCAACGUCGACGCCGAGCCAUCUUUUCUAGCAAGCACACACGAUGUCGAGUCGACCGGAGCUCAAGCUCGACGACGAAAGUGGCUUCAUCAAGGCUUAUCUUCAACUGGAAUCGGCCAAGAACGUUGAUACGGUCCGCAUCUUCGAUCGUGGCGACUGGCUCAGCGCUCAUGGCGAGGACGCGAUGCUCAUCGCGCGGGUCCAGUACAAGACGACCUCCGUGAUCAAGACUCUUGGUCGUAGCCCUGGCUUGCCUUCGGUAACCAUGACAUGGACCGCCUACAAGAGCUUUCUGCGAGAAGCCAUCUUCCGGCUCGGCAAGCGAGUUGAGGUACUGCAGACUACUGGUCGCAACCAGUGGAACGUCAUCAAGCAAGCGUCACCGGGCAACUUACAGGACAUCGAGGAGGAGCUCGGUGGACACAUCGACUCCGCUCCAAUUAUCCUUGCUGUCAGAGUCUCCGCAAAGGCCACCGAAGCCCGCCAAGUAGGCGUGUGCUUUGCUGAUGCCAGCGUUAGAGAGCUUGGUGUGAGCGAGUUUGCCGAUAACGACAUCUAUUCCAACUUCGAGUCGUUACUCAUCCAGCUCGGCGUUAAGGAGUGUUUGAUCCAAUCGGAUGGCACCAAGAAGGAUGCUGAGCUGCAGAAAUUGCGCACCAUCGCGGACAAUUGCGGCUGCGCUGUAUCGGAACGACCACAAAGCGACUUCAGUAACCGAGACAUUGAGCAAGAUCUUACCAGGCUUUUGCGAGAUGAGCGAUCUGCCGGUACGCUGCCGCAGACAGACCUUAAACUAGCGAUGACUUCAGCGGCUGCUCUGAUCAAGUAUUUGGGCGUAUUGACUGAUGCCACAAACUUCGGGCAAUACCAGCUAUAUCAGCACGACCUCAGCCAGUACAUGAAGCUUGACUCAUCGGCACUCAAAGCACUCAAUCUCAUGCCGAGCCCGAAAGAUGGCUCGCGGACAAUGAACUUGUACGGUUUGCUCAAUCAUUGCAAAACCCCCGUCGGAAGUCGCCUUCUUGCUCAAUGGCUCAAACAGCCUCUGAUGAGCCUGGACGAGAUCGAGCGGAGACAGCAGCUUGUGGAGGCAUUCGUCAGCGAUACAGAGCUGCGACAGACUCUGCAGGAGGAACAUCUGCGAUCGAUACCGGACCUUUACCGUCUUGCAAAGAAGUUCCAGCGGAAGAAGGCCAACCUCGAGGACGUUGUGCGUGCAUACCAAGUGGCAAUCAGGUUGCCCGGUUUCAUCGGCACGUUUGAGGGUGUCAUGGACGAAGCAUAUAAAGAUGCACUCGAUAGCGAGUAUACGAACAAGCUGCGCUCUUACACAGACAGCUUUGGCAAGCUCCAAGAAAUGGUCGAGACUACUGUCGAUCUCGAUGCUCUUGACAACCAUGAGUUCAUCAUCAAGUCGGAGUUUGACGACGGACUGCGCAUAAUCCGCAAGAAGCUCGACAAGCUUCGCUACGAGAUGGAGAAGGAACAUCGUUCAGUUGCUGACGAUCUCAACCAAGACCCGGAGAAGAAGCUGUUCCUUGAGAACCACAAAGUGCACGGCUGGUGCUUCCGCCUAACAAGGACCGAAGCAGCGGCCAUCCGCAACAAGAAGCAGUAUCAAGAAUGCUCAACGCAAAAGAAUGGUGUCUUCUUCACUACCACUAAAAUGACGGGCUACCGGCGAGACUUCGAUCAGCUCUCAGAACAGUACAACCGCACGCAAAGUGGCUUGGUGCAAGAAGUGGUUAACGUUGCAGCAUCGUACUGUCCAGUCAUCGAGAAGCUCGCCGGGGUCCUGGCACAUCUGGAUGUUAUCGUAAGCUUCGCACAUGUCUCGGUACACGCGCCGACAGCGUACGUAAGACCCAAGAUCCACCCGCGAGGAACCGGAAGCACUAUACUGAAGGAAGCACGGCACCCUUGUAUGGAAAUGCAAGACGACAUCUCAUUUAUCACCAACGACGUCUCGCUUGUCCGUGGCGACUCCGAGUUUCUCAUCAUCACAGGCCCGAACAUGGGUGGCAAAUCAACCUACAUUCGCCAGAUCGGCGUCAUCGCUCUCAUGGCCCAGAUCGGUUGCUUCGUGCCUUGCUCUGAAGCCGAGCUCACGCUAUUCGACUGCAUCCUGGCGCGAGUCGGCGCGAGUGACAGCCAGUUAAAAGGCGUCAGCACCUUUAUGGCGGAGAUGCUCGAGACUGCCAACAUUCUCAAGACGGCGACGCGGGAGUCGCUCGUGAUUAUCGACGAGCUUGGCCGUGGCACCAGCACUUACGACGGUUUUGGUUUGGCCUGGGCCAUCAGUGAGCACAUCAUCAAGGAGAUCGGCGCCUUUGCGAUGUUUGCAACGCAUUUCCACGAGCUCACUGCCUUGCAUGAUACGUAUUCGCAAGUUCAGAACUUACACGUUGUAGCACACAUCGGAGAUGGCGGUAGCGGCGAUGCAGCCAUGACUGGGACGACGGACGCCCCCGCUGCGCCGCGCAGACAAGAAGUCACUCUUCUCUACAAGGUCGUCCCUGGCAUUAGUGAUCAAUCCUUCGGCAUCCACGUCGCCGAGCUCGUUCGCUUCCCGCAGAAGGUGGUCAAUAUGGCGAAGCGGAAAGCCGACGAACUCGAGGACUUCUCCGGAAAGCAGGAGGAUAUCGGUCACGUGAAGGCGAGCAAGCAGGAAGUGGAAGAAGGGAGUAGGAUGCUGAAGGAGGUGCUGAUGAAGUGGAAAGAGCAGGUCGUGGCCGAGCAUCUCGGGAAGGAGGACCAGGUGCAGAGAAUGAAGGACCUUGUCUUGGGCAGUGAAGCGUUGCUGGCAAACCCGUUUUUCAAAGAGGUUCAGGCUUUGUAGAGUUGUCUGACCCUGCUUUUGUUAUGCGAGCGAUGGCGCUGGGGUGCUAAUUGUAGCAUAUUGUGGCUUCGACUACCUUCGCGAUAUCUCGGCUGCCGGCCGCUAUCAGACGCUCAUGUGGCGCCUUUACCCAAGACAACAGGCUCACUGCUUUUCCUGCCGGCUAAUGCAUGAAAGCACGCGGAUGGCCCGCUCAUGAACGGACCGUCUCCACACACACAAACUCACCUACUCUGCGCCGCCCUCAGCAGGCUCACCGUCCAGCUUAGCUUUUGCCAGGUCUUCGGUGAUCUCAGCGUCUGCGCCUCCCUCCUGCUC